UUGAAAUUGAACCAACACCUCCCCCAACAGUUUCUUCUUCUUCUUCUCAUUUCCAUCAUCUCCAUCCCCACUUUCUUUCUCUCUAUUCAAUUUCUUCUUUCUUGUCUUCAAGAACUCAAAAUUUUUGAUUAUUGCCACUCUCCACUUGUGAAGUUUAGAGAAAAAUGUCUUCACCAAGCAAAAGAAGGGAUAUGGAUGUCAUGAAAUUAAUGAUGACAGAUUACAAAGUGGAAACAGUUGAUGAUUCCGUCUCCCAAUUCUUUGUUGAAUUCAAUGGCCCUCCAGACAGUUUGUAUAGUGGAGGAGUAUGGAGAGUUAGAGUUGAAUUACCAGAUGCUUACCCAUAUAAAUCUCCGUCAAUCGGCUUCAUCAACCGCAUUUAUCAUCCAAACAUCGAUGAAAUGUCUGGUUCAGUAUGUCUUGAUGUCAUUAACCAGACAUGGAGCCCUAUGUUCGAUCUAGUGAACAUCUUUGAGGUAUUUUUGCCUCAGCUCUUGCUAUACCCAAACCCUGCAGACCCAUUGAACGGCGAAGCUGCUGCAUUGAUGAUGCGAGACCGUCCUGUGUAUGAACAGAAGGUCAAAGAACACUGUUUGAAGUAUGCUAAGGCAGAAGAUUUAGAAAAUAAGGAAAAUGACGACGAGGAAAGUGAUGACGAUGACUAUGAAAACUAUAAGACUAGUGAUGACGAAAUGGAAGUUGAAGGCCUCUGAUGAAUUUAAAUCAUGGAAAAAAAAUUGUUCUGUAAAUAUGAUUAUCAUCAUCUUCAUUUAUGAUUUAGACAAUAUCCAUCAACUAUGUUUAUGCAAUUGAAUUAAUCAAAAAUUGUAAAUAUUUUCCCUUUCUUGUGUGCAACAUUGUCAAGUACAUGCUUCUGUUU